GCGGGGACCAGUCGGUCAAAGUUUAGUCAACCUGGUGCGUUCUGCUUCAGAGCGGCUGAAACCUCCACCUUUCUCCACAAUGACAGCACGGAAUAUAUCCCGCUUUUGGGAAUGGGGGAGGAAGAUAAUUUGCGUUGGGAGAAACUAUGCAGAUCACGCCAAAGAGCUGAAAAAUGCGAUUCCUACGGAGCCGGUGUUGUUCCUGAAGCCACCUUCUGCAUAUGUAAGAGAGGGUUCACCCAUCCUGGUGCCCAUAUACUCCAGCAACCUGCACCAUGAGGUGGAGUUAGGAGUGGUCAUCGGGAAAGGGGGCACGGCCAUCCCCCAGUCCGCCGCUAUGGAGCAUGUUGCAGGCUAUGCUCUGUGCUUGGACAUGACAGCACGGGACAUCCAGGACCAGUGCAAGUCCAAAGGUCUGCCUUGGACCCUUGCCAAAGCUUUCAACACCUCCUGCCCCGUCAGUGAGUUCAUUCCCAAGGAGCGCAUCCCCGACCCGGGGAGCGUGAAGCUGUGGCUGAAGGUGAACGACCAGCUGCGGCAGAGCGGCUGCACCUCCCAGAUGAUUUUCUCAAUCCCCUAUCUCAUCAGCUACAUCAGCGAAUUCAUCACCCUGGAGGAGGGGGAUCUCAUCCUGACCGGGACCCCCAAAGGAGUGUCCGCCGUGCAGGAGCACGAUGAGCUGCAGGCUGGGAUCGAGGACGUUGUCACCAUGAGCUUCAGAGUAGACAGACAAGACCAGUAGUGAGAAUAAAGAACAAGACAUAAAUACUCAGACUCAUGAAGAGAGUUUCACUGAAAGGUUGAAUUUAAUUCUUAUCAAUAUAUUUUCAUAUGUGUUUGGAUCAGCAGGUGGCAGUGCUGUGCCAUCAAAGAGCAUAUUUCUGAUUAUUCUGCAUUGAACAGUAUUUGAGAAUAAGUCUGCAGAACACAGUAUGGUUACAUUGAUUGAUCUCAUUAUCUGUUUUACUGUGUUAUCUUUUUUAAGUCAGGGAUAAGAUAAUCGUCCAUCAUUCAUUUGUUACAAAUCAUCAGUGGUGGAAGAAGUAUUCUGAACUUGUUCUCAAAUAAAAGAUGCAAUAAUAUGUUGUAAAAAAUA